AUGCCGCUCGUCAAGCUCUAUUUACUUUUGCGACCAUACUUUUUACUCCUCCUGACAGACUUGUCCUGUGCUCUGCUGCUCCUACUGCUCACCUGUCCUCUGUGGAAGGUCAGCCAGUCUCUGCCAGUGAUGAGUAAAGGACCGAUGGCAGACUCCUGCGUUUUGUACGCUCAGACACUUCUAAAGAACGUCACUGAAAAGCUCGCUCAGAAUGACCUGUUCAGCGGAAUCGACUGCACAAAGCAAAGCGUGGAGCUCAACGUGAAGACAAACACAGCGUUUGCGUGUGCACCAAAGGAAUCAGCAUGCUCAGAAAUCGUGAAGACAGAAUUUGAUCAGGACUUGUGUCUGACAAACAUCGGAGAGGAUCUGCGUCACUACUACCAAUUUCUGGCUGCUCAACCAGAUCCUGAUAAUUUAAUCCGUCCGUCUAUUCUGCUCAGCCUCAAAGAACUCAUGGAGAACUGCUUUGCCUGGUCUCUGCCAACAGACUCAGAGGAGGCUGCUGCAGACCGUCCGAGCACCUACGAUGAACGGCUGAGCCUCUGCAAAGUGCUGAAAGGCUUCCAGAUCCGCACCGUUACGAUCAACAGAGUCAUUUCAUACAUGAACUCUGGCGAACACACUAAAUGAAUCACUGUGCUCUGACAGAUCAGUAGUUUUAGUAAAACUGUUUCACAUAAAAAAUCCAUAAAUUACAUUGACAGUUCAUGUUACAUUCAUGAAAUCCAGUUCAAGAUGCUCAAUUUUCAGCACAUAUUAAUUAUUUUUACAUGGUCAUGUAACUUAUAUUUGACAUCAAAAUGAUGUGUUAAAGUACUUUUAGAAAGUAUUUAGUCACUUUUUAUAAGUCUAUUUACAGACUUUUAUUUACAGAUUUAUUUAUUAAUUCUAUUUGUUGUA